CGGAAUAAAUCCGUUUUUUGUUAAUAUUACAAUACCUACAGUAUUUCCGAUGUCUUGACAAAUGGAUGAAGAAUUUGCGGACAGAAUUACAAACCUUUGUUAUCAAAGAUAUAAACAACUACCCAAAAAAGGGAAGGGACAACCUGGAAAGGAAUGGACAGUUUUAGCAGGAAUAGUUAUAACCACAAAGAGUGAUUUUUCUGAUCCAGAAGUCAUUGCAGUAGGAACUGGAACUAAAUGUUUGGGGAAGUCUCAACUUAGUCAUUCUGGUGACAUUGUGAAUGACAGUCAUGGAGAGGUUUUGGCUAGAAGAGGUUUUAUAUUAUAUUUAUACCAACAGCUAAUGAUGGUGUAUAAAGGGGAGACAAGUCAUAUUUUCACUUCACCUGAUACUCAGACAUUGAGAUGUCAUUUAAAGGAGAAUGUACAGUUUCAUUUCUUCUGUAGUCACACACCUUGUGGCGAUGCCUCUAUCUUCCCCAUAAGAAAUGAAGAGAAGGAAUUAAAUAAAAGGCCCGAUUCUCUAGACAAUAAAGACAUGUUUGGUCAAGAUUCUAAAAGUAGUAAGAUAUGCUGCAAAGACAGACAUUGUCCAAGGAAGAUACAUAUAAGGCAACAGGAUUUAAGUGAACAGAAAGGUCAUAACCUUAGAUCAGAUGAUGAAACAAAGAAUUUUAUUGGAUUAGAGUCAUCUAAGACAUGCACUUUUAGAUCUCAGAACCAAUUUUUACAAGAUGAAUGUAAAAAUAGAGUAAAAUCUUCACCUAUAACUGAGAUUAAUUUAAUUGAUGAAAAAUGUUUUAAAAGAAUACAUGACGAGGAGGAACAUUUAGCAUGUAAACGACGAAAACUGCCAGAUAAAACAACACCAAAUGAUGAAGAUGUUAAUCAAACAAAUAGAAUCAAUGCAAACUGUGAUUGUGCAGGGAACAAGGACAUCAGAGAAGGGGAUCAGUAUAAUGAUAUUAAUAGAACAGGAGCUAAAUGUGUUGGUACAGGGGAGCAGGACAUGAGAGGAGAUGGAGACCAGUAUCACACAUUAGGAGUGUUCCGUAUCAAACCAGGCCGUGGUGAGCGUACAUUAUCCAUGUCCUGUAGUGAUAAGUUAUCUAGAUGGAAUGUUGUUGGUUGUCAAGGGGCACUACUCAGUCAUUUUAUACAGACUCCAAUAUAUUUCUCCAGUUUUACAAUUGGUAGAUGUUUAUAUAAUAAGUCAGCUUUAUACAGAGCAAUGGUAACCAGAUCAGAUGAAGUGACUGGUUUACCAGAUGGUUAUAGAGUUAACUCCCCUGAGCUGCUGCAAUCACAACUACAAUUUGAAGAUUCUAAAGAUUUGGUACCUAAUGGCAACCCAUCUUCAGCAGCUGUUGUAUGGCAUGAACCAGACAUAACUGACUGUUUAGUGAAUGGUAAAAGACAAGGAUUUACAAAGAAAAACUGGAGUAGUCCUAAAUCUAGGUCUAUAAUCAGUAGCUUUGCAUUGUUUGAACGAUUUUGGGAACUGGUAGAUUUAAUACCUGACGAGAAGAGACCACAAUCCUUAAGGUCUGUGAUAGAAAAUAAAAGCACUUAUUUGGAAUGUAAAAUGGCAUCAGUUACCUAUCAGUCUGCAUGGAGUAUACUGCUGAAGACCUAUGGGACGUGGGAACACAAGGACAAACAAUUACUCAUGUUUAAUAUUGUAAAUGAUUAAAUCUAUUUAUAUGAA